CCCCUCCCCUCCCUUCUAAAUUUUCUUGGCCCUCCUCACCUCCUCAUUCGAGCUAUCGAUCGAUCGAUCUACAAUAGAUCGGUCCCGGCCCCUCCGCGACCAUGCCCGAUCGACUCAAUGUUCAAGCUCCGGCCAGCUCCGUAUCCUGCUCGCUUAGUCGAUAGAACCAAGAAAACGAAGAAAUAAUCAUGGAAGAAUUUGACAAAUCGUAAUCGCCGACUCUCGAUAAGCGGCCGUGGUACAUAGAAAAGCCUAAAGCUCCCCUCCUCGUGUUUGAUGUCAUCCGCUCUCCGCAACCCCUCCACUCCAAAUUUCCCCUCAUCACAAGCUCAACCGUUUCAACUUCCCUCCUCAGCAAUGAACUCCUCCUUCCAACCACCGAGUCCGAUUCCACCGCGGACGAGCUCCGCUGGCGCUGCAAAUGGCGCUACGAGUCCACCCUCCCACCGGCACAGAAAGUCCGCCAUAGAGGGCGAGCUGUCUGCGACCGAGUUGCCGCCUAAAUCGAAGCACCGCCGCAACAAGUCCAGUGUCGAUGGGACAAAGUACAAGGAUGGGACAUGGUCGCCGAAGAAUGAGAAGAUCUUGAUGGGUCCUUAUGAAUAUAUGCACCAGCAUCCUGGCAAGGAUGUGCGUCGCCAGAUGAUCCAGGCGUUUAAUUCAUGGCUUCAGGUUCCGCCGGAUAGUUUGGCGAUUAUAGAUAAGGUGGUGACGAUGCUGCAUACGGCGUCGCUACUAGUCGACGACGUCGAAGACUCCUCCGUCCUACGUCGCGGCAUCCCCGUUGCCCACAACAUCUUCGGCACAGCCCAGACAAUCAACUCAGCCAACUACGUCUACUUCCUCGCCCUACAAGAAAUCCAACAGCUCCACAACCCCGUCGCAAUCGACAUCUAUGUCAAAGAACUCCUCAACCUCCACCGCGGCCAAGGCAUGGAUCUUUUCUGGCGCGACACCCUGACCUGCCCCACGGAAGACGAAUACCUCGAAAUGGUCGGCAACAAAACGGGCGGACUCUUCCGACUAGCCGUAAAACUCAUGCAAGCCGAAAGCGCGACGGGCAAGGACUGCGUCGCCCUCGUGAACGUCAUGGGUCUCAUUUUCCAAAUUUGCGACGACUACCUGAAUCUUUCCAAUACGACGUAUACGCAGAAUAAGGGGUUGUGCGAGGAUCUGACGGAGGGCAAGUUCUCGUUCCCGAUUAUUCAUAGUAUUCGCUCGAACCCGGGUAAUCAUCAGCUGUUGAGUAUUUUGAAGCAGAAGACGCAGGACGAGGAGGUGAAGCGGUAUGCGGUGCAGUAUAUGGAGAGCACGGGGAGCUUUACGCAUACUUGUCAGGUUGUGCGGGAGUUGAGAGAUCGGGCGUUGUCGUUGAUUGAAAUGAUCGAUGCCACGCCACGAAUUAAUGGCGCGGGCGACGGGGAAUUGGUGCGGGCGGUGUUGAAUAAGAUUGUGGACUCUACGUUGUCAUCGGACGAGGCUGCACGUGUGUAGUUCGGGGUCCUGUGGCUUUUUGGUUUCGAUUUUGGACGCAUUAUGAUUGAACCUUGCCCAUUCGAGGUUGCUUCUGCUUAGGGCUUGGUGUAUUGGCGCUUUGAUAUACCCUCAUUGUUCGACGUCUGUUGGCUAUAUAAAGCGAGCUGAAAUAUACGGUGUCAUGAUCUCAUUGAAUAGCGUAUAGUCUUGGCACAUAAUUGCAGCUUGCAUCUCCAUGAACGACCCUUACUUCGAUUCAAAAACGCUGUAGGUGGACUGGCAACUCGAAAAUUCAUAACCAAUAUUCAUGCAUGAGGUAAUAGCCAAACCCCCGCUGUCGUGAGUCGUAGCUCUAGUCUGUAUUACUUAGGUAGCUGUAGACCCGAACAUAUCCAAAAUUGUAUCACAACAUAAGGCCAUGUCCACGAAUACCACUGUUCACCGCUCUAUUCUCCAAAAAUCAUAACACCCAAUGCGUAUAACGCAAGGAAUCCGAAAUUUCAAUAUAAACCACUUUACAUAACAACACAGCACGCCUUCUCCAACUUGCGCAUAACCUUGGGCAACAGCGCGUUGACAACCUUCUCGAUCUCGUCCUGCUGCUGCGGCUGUUGCUGAUGUUGCUGUUGUUGUUGGUGAUGCUGUUGUUGUUGGUGGCCGGGGUAAGAUUGGCCACCCCCACCGUGAUGCGGUGCCUGGUGCGAAGGAUAGGAAGGCAUAACGGCCUCGCCGCCGGUCAGGUUCACGUAGAUCCGACCGGCGUUAUCCUCGGUGGCAUACUGCAGACCAAGUUCCUGGCAGACUUGUUCGACGCGCGGCUUGAUCUUUUGAAUGUGGCCGGCGGAGUGGUUACCCUUGCCGACGAUACUGGGAGGGCAGUUAGUGAAAUGUAUUCUCG